AUGUACGGUGGUCAGGAAAAACUAGACAACCUUGUCUGGGACAAGAACGACGAAGAAUCCGGCAAGGCGCAGAAUCAAAUGCGACUCAAGAAAAAGUGUCGUCAAGUGGAGGAACUCGCGAAGGAGAAAUUCGGGAAGCCAGCAAGCUUGAUUUCGCCAUUGAUCUUCGGCGGCUUCAACAUUCUCUACAGGAUUCACCUCGACGGAACGUCCCCAGAUGUCAUGGUUCGACUGCCUUGUCCAAGUCUCGUUCAGUUUCCGAGUGAGAAGACUGCUUACGAGGCCGCCACGGCAGCGUUGAUUGCGAAACGCACGCAACUUCCGGUUCCUCGACCACUCUGUUACGGACAAGACUCGCCCGUCGGCCCUUUCAUUAUCAUGGAACGCGUUGAAAACUGCGGUAGCGUGUCGGCGAGGCUGAAUAGACGCAGCGAAAACCCUUCAGCACCUCAUGUGUUGGAUUCGAAUGUUUCCGAAGCGGUGCUAGAGGUCAUCUGGUGA